AGGUGGCGACACAGUAGUACGGUGUGCUCUGUCACCGCUGGCCGUCAUCGCAAAACGAGCCACGUUUUCGGCAUUUCGGCGCCAGACGACACACUACCCUAUUGACACAUGCACCUUAACACCACCAUGACCACACUCGUCGUCGUCGUCGGGGAGUCAGCUGUUGGAGCGAGGUCGGAGUGAGACGCGUCGAUGGAUGUGCCGGUGGGUGAUGGCAGCUGAGCAGGCACGGCAUGUGUCGGGCCGCAUGCCUGUGGUGGUGUGCCCGUCCCAGCUGGACUUCUACCUGGACCAACAGGAGAGCCACAAGCAGGUGCUCACGCUGUACAACAUCAAUGACUUCUCGGUUCGCUUCCAGUUGCUGUCGAAUGCACCAAGACGCUAUGCUGUUGCAGAACCCGAGGGAGUGCUCAAGCCCCACUCCUUCACUGAUGUAGUGGUGCGACACCGCGAAGCAUUGGAAGGCAAUGUGGGCCGUCGCGACCACCUGCGCAUCAUCAUGUGUGAGGAAGGAGGUCGCCUGCAUGGACACAGGGACGUGCCUGCCACCCUGCGCCCAGCGCGCAGUCGAGGGGACGAGCCAUUACCAACAAGUUCUGUGCCCCUGGAGCCAUCACCUGGAACUGAGCGGCAGCUGAGCCGUGGUGCUGCCAAUGGGCCCAGCGCUGCAGUUGUGGUGGUGGCGUUGGCAUGCCUGGUGGCGCUACUGCUGCCACUGGAGGGAGCGAGUAGCAGCAGCCAUCCAUAUCUGCAGCUCACCCAUCAGCAGAAGCUGAUUGCCGCAUACAUACUGGGUAGGUCUUUGCCUCUGCUUUUAACGAGCUUACUAAGUGGUAGGAAUGCACAAAUAAGAACAGUGCUGAUGAAUACGAGGACAGAAGAUGGUGACUGGCUGACAUCAAGCCCUGACUGCCACAUGCAGCUGACCAAAUUUUCAGAAUUGGGAUGUCCAAAAGAAUUAAUACCAACGGCAAGGUUGACGUAGU